AUGGUUUCCCAUACACGAUCUCGGAGCAAAGGCUCAUUCUCUAUCUUUGCCUUUGACACUAUUCGAUCAUUCAGUCGUGCUGGCUCGCGACAAGCAUCUCGAAUCCCUUCAAAGGAUGAACUGCGUGAUCGAACAGAAUCCGGGCUCUCCCAUCGAUGUGAUCCUAAUGACCAACUGCCAGCCUCACCUGAGCCGAUUUCUACCUACGGUGCCGUGGAGGGAUCAGUCAAGUCACCACAAGAGCUGGAUAACCAUGAUCAAGGCCAACCGCCUCAGGGAGAACCAGAGGCCGCCAUGCAGCAAUCCCACAGCACACGUCGUCGGGCACAUCGACUGCGUCCUAAAUCAUGGCUGUCCUUUUCACGCUUGUCCUCCCAUAAUCCAUAUCCUCGCAGCGUCUCCACUCAACUGCCGAAAACUUGUAGUUCUUCCACUGUUGCUCGAAGUGUCAUCUCCGCUCCUGUCCUUACCAGUACCACCAAUGUCUCGGUCGCUCGUGCUGAAAGAGUCCAUUGUGGAGAAAUAUCUGAUGCGUCUUUUUCUCAAUCAACUUGGAAUUCGCAAAUCGGCUGGGUUGCAACCAAUAACCGGGACGCUGAAGACACAUCUUGUGACGCAAAGGCUUCCAAUGGACCAGCUGGAGAGAGUCACGAGCAACCUACCAAGUCGACCACGUCGAAAAGAGGACGCAUUCUGCGGCUUAAGUCUGCCAUCAGAAGCAAGAUCCGAAAUGGAAGUUUUCAGGCACAAGGUAUAAUCACACAGCAGAGACAACAUCUGGAUACAAACGGAGAUGGAGAAGACGACCAAGGCCUGACAUUGAACAGAGGUUUGUCCCGUCGGCGUGCAGAGACAUUGAACCUCUACAAAGGCAAGAUCAAAGGGCUGACAGGCAAUGGCCACAUUCGACGCAAGUCUGUCAAUGUCAACAAAGGUGCAGCAGAAUCAAGAGGCGCAAACUCGCCUCUCCUUCGCCGCGGCGACACCAUCAACGUACCCACGACAGAUUGCUCUAACGAACACAGCGACAAUGAGUCUGCAUUUGGCUCACUCACCAGAUCAUUCACCAGUGCUGUGGACAAGCUUGACUUUCACUCGGGUCUGCCGCAAAGCAUGUCCUUCCUCAGGUCCAGAUCAUCCUUCUUCUAUCCCAAGAAGGGAGAAAACGAAGGUGGCGCUCGAGACGAGGCGAGACGGCAAUUCCCACCAAUUUCGCCUUCCAAGCCAGUGCCUCCAACUGCUCAAGCGAUAGCUGCGUCGUCUCAAUCCGAUCUCUUGGGGACUCCCGCUGCUGGGUGCCAUAUCCAAAAGCUACACUCGACACCACGACCUGUUGGACCGCACAAUCCCGGGGCACAGGGCUCCAGACCCAACCAAGAGGACUCCACUCCCAAACAAACUGCUGUCGCGCAAUUGGUGUUUUCUGCGGAAAAGAACGGCUAUGUGCCCGCAGCACCGAUAGCUGGAUGCCCAAGAGGCAUCAACCCAUUACGCAUGCACCCACCUGGAGACAUGGCUGUAGCACCAUCCAUCUCAUGUCAAGCAGCACAAGCGUUGCCAGUUGAUCGAUCAUGA